CCAGUCCCGGGGAGCCAGCGCCAGUCGGAGCUAGCGCGAGCCGCCGCCGCCGCCGCCGCCGCCGCCGCCGCCGCCAUCACUGCCGCUGCCAAGUCCUCCGCCCGCUGCCUCCGCCAUGUCUGCUACGGCUGCCACCGCCCCCCCUGCCGCCCCGGCUGGGGAGGGCGGCCCCCCCGCGCCCCCUCCAAACCUCACCAGUAACCGAAGACUGCAGCAGACCCAGGCCCAGGUGGAUGAGGUGGUGGACAUCAUGAGGGUGAAUGUGGACAAGGUCCUGGAACGGGACCAGAAGCUCUCGGAGCUGGACGACCGUGCGGAUGCACUCCAGGCGGGGGCCUCCCAGUUUGAAACAAGUGCAGCCAAGCUCAAGCGCAAAUACUGGUGGAAAAACCUCAAGAUGAUGAUAAUCUUGGGAGUGAUUUGCGCCAUCAUUCUCAUCAUCAUCAUCGUUUACUUCAGCACUUAAAUCCCUGAGGAGUCAGCCCUGCCUAGAGAAGGGCCUCUCCCCCACCCCCAGCCGUUCCUCCACCUCUCAGCCAUAUCUUUCAGCCCCCCCUCCCCUGGAUCCGUGUGUGUGUGUCCGUGUGUGUGCCCCCCUGUAAAUAGCCAGCUGUUAUUUAUACAUAUAUAAUAUUAUAUAUAUUUGGUCUGUUUGUAGUUUUAUUACUAGAAGAUUUUUCCGGUUGUCCUUAACACCCCUUCCUGAGGUUCCUAUCAUCUUCUCUCCCUCCCUCCUUUCCUUUUUCUCUUCCUGUCCAGCCCCAAGUCCUUUCAUUUGCAUCUGCUAUGCAAUAGUCCCUCUCCUCCUCCUUCCUGUAACUGAUGCCCCACACCUCCCUUCCAUGCAACCCCCACCCCCAACAAAAAGCACCUGUCUAGGCCUCCUCCGGUGCAUCUUUGCAUCCUUUGGGAGGCUGCAAGACUGGCCCCACUUGGUCCUAAGAGUCCCAAGGUCUGGGAGCUUCCAGCAUGUUAAUUAGCAUACAUUUGCAUACUGACAUCCUUUAAAAAAAUUUUUAGUUGUCAUUUUUUUAAUUUCCAACUUGUGUUUCUUUUUUACUGAGGAGUUAGUCCCUAUUGGUCCCUGUAUCACACUUUCAUUUGCACGACUUUACUUGUAGGUGGAGGGUUAACUGGGCUUUCGGGGAACCAGACUGUUCUGGUCCCCAGAAUUGCCCACACCCAGCCCUUCUAGUCGUUUGCCUCCUACCCCCAUUUUCCAAACCUUUUGUGCCCACCCCUCCCUCCCCCCAGCUGGUGUGUAAGUGUCUUGGAGUUUAGUGUGCUGUGAUGGACCAAUAAUUCUGCCACUCGGGGUCUCUCCGUACAUUCCUGCUCCCCAGUUUUCAUGUGGGGCACUCAAUUGACAUUCCCAUGGGGUCUCCCUCCCUCCCAUCUGCUUGAUCCACCUUCUCCUCCCACGAGGAGAGCUGGGAGUUGGCCAUAAUCUGAUUUCUUUUGGGAGGGGUGGCUGCUAGUAUGUGUGUGUGUGUGGGGGGAUCAUCACUGCCUUGGGGAGGAGUGGGAUAGGGCAGAGAAUCCCCCCAACUCCUGCCUGAAAUCUCUGGCCUCACCCCUGCAGGAGGUUAGAGGUUGGAUUGAAAUCUUCCUCCCCAGUUUGGGGGAUGCUGCCCCUAUCACUGCCCAGCUCCUUUGACUGCCCUCCUGUAUUCAGGGUAGGGGUACUAGUCACUGCCAAUGUGUGUAUGGGACUUGCAGGAUGAUGAGAAUUCUCACCCCUCUCCAGGGCUGUUGAGCCCAGAGAGAGCAAGCGUGCAAAAGAGCUGUCCCCUCAUUAGCAGAAGUGAUAGAGCAAAGGUCUAAUGUCUUUUCAAAUGGCACAAUUUUAGGGGUUUGAGGAUGCAGUCCCUUAACCUGCCACUGGAGGGGGCCCCCAAUCUCUUCCUCCCACACUCCAGGUGUUCUGUGUGGAGAGGGAGCAGGGAGAUCUAAAUUGUGGUGUGAAAGGGUAGGAGAGAUGCUGGGGGUGGGGGUACUGUGUUCUAGACCCCCCCAUAUUAUCCCAGUGUCCCCUGCCUUCCCUCUUCCUUCCCCUCCCCCAAUUCUGUGGCGCAUCCAGAUUGUGAAAAUGUACAAUAAAUGUGUAAUGAGUAAUCA